AUGCCUGUGUGGCGGUGGUGGGCCCCCCCGUGGGCGCGGGUCCUGGGCUCGGCGCUGGCCUUCGGGGGCCUCCGCUGGGCGCUGCGCCGCCUCCCGCUCCCGGCCCACGUCCGCCGGGACGCCACCCGCACCUGGCGCUGGAGGAACCUCCUCGUCUCCUUCGCACACUCCGUCGUCGCCGGGCUCUGGGCCGUCGUCGGGAUCUGGCGGAUACCAGAAGGAAUCUUUGCAGACCUGGUCCACACCUCCACUCCUUCGGGGCGCUUGCUGAUGUGCGUCUCGGCCGGUUAUUUCAUCCACGACUCCUUGGAUAUCAUCGUCUGCCACCAGUCGCGCGCCUCCUGGGAGUACCUGGUCCACCAUGCCAUGGCCGUGUCGGGCUUGUUCUCGGCCAUCUACCUGGACCGCUUUGUGGCGGCGGCCUUGGUCUCGCUCUUUGUGGAGGUGAGCAACAUCUUCCUGACGCUGCGGAUGAUGAUGCGCCUGGGACGCCUGCCCUUCCGCGCCCUCUACGAGGUCAACAAGUACGUCAACCUGGGGGUGUACUUCCUCUUCCGCCUCUUCCCGCAGGCCUACCUGACCUGGUACUUUGCCCGCUUUGUGGAGCUGCGCGGCCAGGGCCUCUUCCUCAUGGUCAACCUGGUGCUCCUGGACGGCAUGAUCCUGGUCUACUUCUCCCGCCUCCUGCGCACGGACUUCUGCCCCAGCGCCCGCAAGGACGGGCCCGAGAGCGAGCGGAAGUUCCUCAACGACUAAAGCCGGGAGGGCCUCCUCGCUCCGCUCCGACCGCCACCGCUGUGCCUUAAACUGCGGCGUUCUCUCUUUCCUUUCCCUUUGGGACCAAAUACGAGUUCGGGCCCCGAUCCCUCCGUAAUCGGGUCGGCCUUUGUGGACUGGGGUCCCGAAAGGAAAUCCGGCCCGAUCCCAACAGAAACGAAUGCGAGCUGGAAGAUUGGACGUGUGAGAUAACGAGUUUGUCUGCCCGCCAUAUUUGUUUUCUCGAGUUUGGAAGUGCGGUUUUGUGUUUUGUUUGCAAAGGAGAGGGUGGUUUUAUGCAUUAAAAAAAGAUCUGUGCCCAA